UAGGUACUAAACACUACAGAACAAUAGUAACACACGACCGCGGCGGUCGUACCGAUUAUAAAAUUUGUAAUCAUGUAAAAUGUGACAUUACAAUUUACAAUAUUACAUUAUCGUUAUAAUAUAAUUUAUCUAUCUAAAUUCUGUACUAUUAAUUACCAGCUAUCCGUAAUAGCAUGGUAGCCGGUAGGUAUUAAAAUCUAAUGACACAUAUAGUAAACUACAAUGAUUUUUUAGCGCUGUUAUGUACUUACCUAUUGUAAUUCGAAAACAAUGGACAUUGAAUAUAUUUUGUGUGUGGGACGUCGGCGUUACGAUUUUUAAUUAAUACCUAUAUAGGUACCUAAUACAAGUCGAUCAUAUUAAUAACUAUUAAUUAAUUUGUUCACAACGAAGUAUUGAGUAAAAAGUACUUAAAUGUUUAUAUUAAUAUUCAAUAAUAAGCAGCUUAGACCGUAUUACUUGCCAAUAUAUUAAUGUAAGACAACAAAUACAGAGAAACUGUUGGAGAUGAAUAUUAUGUAUACCGAUCUUGUAAUAGGCACCAUUAGUUAAAUUGUAAGCAUUUGAUAAAAAAAAAAGUGACGGAUUGUUUAAAUUCAAAAUGAACUUGACCAUUUAUACACCAAUAUAAAUAGUUUUUGGAUAUUGAAUAAACAUUUCCAGUUGAAAUGGCGUUAAAGGUCGAGUCUGUACUCAGUUCGUUUGGGAAUUCGUCGUCUAAAAUUCCGUUUUGGAACAUUGACUUACCUAAAAGUCCAUGGGAUGUAGAUGAUGACUUAGAAGACUUGGACGUAUUGUGCGAAUUGGUUAGAAAUCAAUACUUGAAACGUCUCCAUCAAACAUUGCUCAAUAAUUUAGAUGUUACUAGUAGUUACAAAAAAAAACCUCUUUAUCAGAUUCAACAUUGUGUUGAUAUAUGUAUGGCUGAAUUGGAAAAGCAAGCCUUAAGACGAUGUAUGAUUGCUAGUAUUUAUCGCGAAGGCAUGACUAAUUUGAUAAAUAAAGUCAAGACGUGCACAAAAAAUUCAAUGCUAUAUGAUUUGCUUAAGCAUAUUAUUGAGUCAAACAAUCAAUUACCAUCAUGUGAUAAAUUAUUUGAAGCUGAAAAUAUAACAGAAAAAUCAGUGGGUAUUGAUGUAAGUGUUAAUACCGAACAAAAAUGUAAUAAAAUAACAUCUACACAGACUGAAAUAUGGACAGAUCCUGACAAUAAUUUACCUAAUAAUUUUCCUGUCAAUAAAAUGAAUACAGAUCUGGUAAAUAAAUGUAAUUUACCUUCUAGUUCCUACAAUGUAAAAUCUAAGAUCUCUGAAUCAAAUAAUAUCUUCAAUAAUUUAAAUUCUUUAUUAAAAUCAUCUUGUUCUUCAAAUUCGUCUCCUGAUGUUCAUAUGGAAGUAAAUUAUAAGUAUGAUUCUUCUGAAUUUGAAAAUAUACAAAGGAAAGGCGAACAAGAAAAUUCCACACCAAAUGAUAUAGUAAGUAUUAAUGCAUUGCUAAGAGAUCUUCAAGAUUCUCCUGAAUAUGAACAACAGUCUUCAACAUUGGAGGAACGUUUAAUUGCACUAGGGUUAGCAAUUGAAAAUAAUAAAUCCACAGAUAAUUUAACCGAAUUAACUAAUCCAAUUAAUAUAAGUCCUAGUAUAAUACGACCAAACAAAAUUAAUGAAAUACUUACAGACAAAUUUAAAAGUAAACGAGUAGCCAAGUCAUAUCAAUUACGUAAUAGUAUGAAUGAAUUGCCUCAAAGUCUACAAAUAAGACUGAACCAAAAAUUUAAAGACUUAUUUGGAAAUAGUCACUAUUAUGAAUCUGAUCCAUUAUCUGAAGAAGAAGAACGUAUUAUAGCACAUAAAAGGAUUGUAAAAAUGGUUGUAGAAUUUAUGACGCCUUAUUACAAAGCACACCGUAUCAACAGACAUUUAUUUAAAAAUCUUGCUAAAUUAAUCUCUAAGAAUCUUAUGGAUCGAUCAUAUGACCCAGAUGAAAACACGGUAGCCAAAGGAGUUAGUGAAUUUUUCGCUGGAAAUAGAUGCAUUAAGACAGUUGAAGAUAUCUAUAUCAAUUAUUGAAUAAUCACUUCAAUACAUUCUAAUUCAUACUUUUCAAUUUAGUACAAUCGUUAUUUUAUUAUACUUUUAUGUUAAGUGAUUUUAUGAUUUAUGAUUUUCAUUAACUUUAAAUAUUUUUUUUCCUAUAAU